AUGCAGUUACAUAUUUUCAAAGUGGUCAAUCUAUCGCUCGAAACAUUCCUUUCUUCAGUUGUAAAUUCGUCUCACUAUUCGGUGUAUGUGGACAUUUUCUUUGUAGCUACACCCAAGAAAAUAAUACGAUUAUAUGAGCGAUUGUACGAGGACAUACAAAACGAAGAUAUGUCGUCAGGCGUGAACGAUGGUCCCCGUAACACAGGCACUCUUCCAAAAAGUAAUAGAAGAAGCGAUAGAAACAGAGAACGAUCCGCCGCUAAUCAACAAAUGGCUAAUCGUUCUGCUUAUCACAGACAUGUACAACAACAUUCUAAUAACUUGUUCCAGCUUGAUUGGCAACUUGUAAGUGAAAGAGGACCUCUAAGAACGACAAAAAAUAGCAAUACCAGAUCAGUUUCAUCACUUCCUUCCACGUCUUAUCAGGAAAUAUCUGAGUUUGUAUCACACAGUAGUGGACGACAUUGUAACUAUUCAACUGAGGAUUGCACAUCUUGGCCAAAAAUGGUAUUACCAACGGAAUCUCAAACACAGUCACCCUCAUGUUUACAGGGAACUAAACCAUCCAAUGUUGAUAAAAUGCCUGAUAGAAAUCAAGUGGAAAGUCGUUUGAAUCAAAUUCGUGACUAUAUUGGAGUUACUUCAACGAUGAUGGACUCUCUUAGUCAAUCUAGUGAUCCACGAGCUCAAACCCAGAAUGAAAAAUUAAGCAGAAUGGUGGAGGACCUUCGUGACAGUGAAACAAAAUUGGCGAAACUUUUGGAAACAUAUCACAAUCAUGGGAUUACAAAUCAGAAUGGCGAUAGUGGAAAAGAGGAUGGAGAAGAAAAUACUGAUACCAGUAGAGAAAUGAUAUUACGUAGAAAAAUGGAGGAAUCUCAAAGAAAACUUGUGCAAUUGCAGGAAUAUCAUGCAAAUUUAGUUGGAAUGCAACAUCGUGUUAGGGAAAGAUUAAACGAAGCUCGACAAGCCCAACAAGCUUUAUUGCAACAAGAAAAUCAAGCUGCUGGAACUUCUACAUGGGAAGGCAAUAAUCGUUUGGUUGCACCAUUACCAACAAAUGUUGAAGAAUUGCAAUCAGAAACAGCUGCAUUAAGAGGUAAACUUACUCAGUUACAGAGCAAGAAAAAGCAUAUGGACCAUCUUUUAGCUGAAUUACAAGUCGUGGAAAUGUCAGACAGAGCCAGUUGUAGCUCUGAUGGCUCUAGGAAUGUGACUAGAGAUAAAGCAGCAGAAUUGGAAGCAAUGAAAGCGCAACUCAACCACUUAAAAGCUUUGAUGGAAGAAGCUACAAGAGUCAGAGAAUGUCUAGAUUCUACUUCAGAGCCUGAACCUGAUGUGGAUGUUAAUGGCGAAGGAGCAGAAGAAAAUGAAUCCCAGGAAGAAGGUGGUAGUUUAUGUAGCUCGAGUAAUGCAUUGGAAAAUCAAAUGGAUAAUGAUGAUGUAACUCGUGAAAAAACUAGGAAUUCUAGACAAAGACCUACUGUUGAAGAAGUUCAGGCUGUUACAAGAGAACUGAAAGAACAAUCUGCAUUAUUGCAAGCAACUCGAGCGGAGUUACAGCGUUUAAAACAACCAUUAGUAGCUUCUACUGUUCAUUCCCCACCAGUAUCUAUUUUCCCUGGAUCAACACCACCUCCUUCGUUGGUAGGAGUUAAUAUUGAAAAAAAGCAAAGUAAUAAUGUUAGUGAUAUUCAACCAGUUCAAACAAAAAGACGCCAGAUAGAAGAUUUUGUCAAAAAAGAUCAAGGUCAAACAUCUAGUAUUAAUCGCAAUGUCGGUGGUACAGAUUUGAAUAGUCACAGAAGUUCUAGUUCACGUAUUAGUCAUACAGGCACACCUACAAAUGUGUGGCCUCCAAUUGCUGCUACAGGUGGCACUAAUGAACAAAAUAUAGAUGAAAUGUUAGAAAAUUUGAUGGAUGUUGGUCCUCAAACAACAACGAUUGAAAAUGGGUUUACGGGAAAUUAUUGGGGAUAUCCACCAGUACCUAUGAAUCAAUCGCAACAUGGUUCCGCGGAAUACUAUCACAAUUUGCUAUUAAAUUCUCAAGUACAGCAACUCCAAGUACAGCAACUUCAAGUAAUGGGUACAACUAUACAGCAAUGCUGUCAGUUAUUGUGGGUACAACAACGGGAAUUGCAAUCUAUGCGUACAGCAAUUACUCAGCUACAGUUACAGUUAAGACAAUCUCAAACAGUACAAAGAAGCAAUAACUCCGAAAAUCAGGAAGAAUAUUCUAAUCUAAGCCGCAGUGUGCAUCAUCUUGCUGAUACGUUAGAUGCAGCAUUACCGCCAAGUUCUUCUUUACCGAAUCUUGUUUCAUUACCUAAUACUUCUCCUGCACUUUCUCAUUCAGUAGUAGGUACUAAUUCUCAACAACAUCAACAACAACAAUUGAACAAUCAAGUACCACCCGGAAAUAGAGCAAACAACUACUGGGAUAACUUUCGAAGUUACUCAAGACAAAACUUACUCUCUGGAAGUGCAAAAACAGUAACUGAUUCUACCACAGCAUCCAUUUCAAAUUCUGCUACUUCUGCAAAUAGUGCAAGUAGUGCAGUUCAUACUUCUCUUGGGAAGGAUAAACGAAAUCGAGAACAGGGAGCAGAUAAUUUACCUUUACCAUCAUUAAUGAUAGCAGAAACACAAUAUUCAUUAAAUCUCCAACAACAAUCUAAUUUACAGCAACAAGAAAGAGAAAAUACUACAAUGAGAAGUAAUAUCAUAACAAAUGAAGUAUCACAAGCUGACAAUUCGGGAGAAGAAGCCCAUAGUUCAUUUAGACUCCCACAUGCAACUAAUGAUGAGAAUUUUUUACAUAAUUUAAGUCCUGAAAUGAGAGAAGUCAUUAAGUCACUCGUUGUAGCUAAUAAGAAGAGACCUGAUAAUUUAGUAACUAUUUUAAAAGAGAUUACAGCUAUAAGCGAAGACAAAAGACUUCCUCUUUUAUUAAUAAGUCUUCGUUUCUUGCAAGAUACACAACCACUACAGAAUGCUCAGAAUGAAGUAGCUGAUCAAACAGGGAGUGAUAGUUGUCGAUCAAGUGACGAAGAUUCAGACGUGGGUGCUAUACUAGGCUUUAACUUGGAAAAUCAGUGUUCAUUAAAUGAAUUAGUUGCAUCAACUCAUGCUGGUUCUUCAUCAUCUCCUAUGGCACAAGUUCCAUUAAUAGAUCGCUUAGAAAUACCUACAUCAAGUUCCCCUGACAACGACAAUGCUCCUGCUUCAGCAUCUGCUCUUAAACCAGGUUGCAAUGAAGACUUAGCAGAAGCUGAUCAAUCAAGAUCUGAAUCUUCUGGCAAUCAACAAAUUCAUCACAAUGAAGAAAAUAAUGAACAAAUGCAAGAUGAUGUAGCAUUAUCAUUAGGAGCAGCCUUAGGAACUUUAGAAGCAGCCCUAGUAGAAAGUGAUGAUGAUGAAACAACUGCAAAAGAUGAACAUGACAGAGGCAAAUUAACUACUAGACGAUACCGUCGGUGUUAUUAAUCAGUGACUGUAUAAUAAGUAUUUAUUUCAUUAUAUUUACUGUUGCAGAGUUUUAUGAAUUUGCAAAAACUGCAUAAUAUAUAAAAGCUUAAAUAUUAAUUAAAAUACUGUGUAUGUAUUUUAUUUUCUGUAUAAACAUCAAAAUUUAAAUGGAAAAUAAAUUACAUACACAUAUUUAAGCAAUUGAAAGCCAGUCUAAGUAACGAGGUAAAUCUUUUGGUAACAUUUAAGCAGUGAAAGUUGUCUUUAUAUUUAAUACUUCAUGUUUAGUAUGCAUUCAAGGAUGUAUACUGCAGGAUAUAUUUAACAAAAAAAUAAACUUUUAUCUAUCAAAAA